CGAGCUGUUCCUCUGCGCCGGGCAGAGGGAGGCGAGGAGUGGGACGCUGUUGCUCGCAGUUUGCAAAGGAUUUAAAAGGCUCUUGCAUUUCAGCGCGGCGUCAAUGCUGAGGCAGACACGAUUGUAAUAAAGAUUAUAUAAAGAAAGCUGCUGUUUGACCUGCCGUGGAAGAUAUAUUCGAGGCUGCUGAAUGAAAAACAGCUUACAUAGUUUCAGCUGGGUUUUUUUUUAUUUUUUUUUAUUAUAUAUAUAUAUCUGUAUUUUUUUAAAAUGUUGUUCGAAGAAAAGGAGACCCUCCAUUGACUCAGUUCUGAUGACUGUCGGAUGCGUUGUGUUUUCUGCAUAUUAAGAAGAUGGCAACUGCACUUAGUGGACGGAACCCCGGGGGGCGUGGGCCGAACCCCCGAAAAGGAAUGAUUUCGGGCUUGUUUGAUGCUAUUCAGGACGCCGUGGGUCCACCAAAACAAGCGGUGGCAGACCGCCGCACCGUAGAGAAGACAUGGAAACUGAUGGAUAAAGUGGUGAGACUCUGCCAAAACCCCAAGCUGCAGCUGAAAAACAGCCCCCCUUACAUUCUGGAUAUUUUGCCAGACACCUACCAGCACCUGAGGCUUGUACUGUGCAAGCAUGAAGAGAAUCAGAGACUGACUCAGUUAAGCGAGAACGAGUACUUUAAAAUAUACAUCGACAGCUUGAUAAAGAAAUCGAAAAGGGCAAUUCGACUCUUUAAAGAGGGCAAGGAGAGGAUGUAUGAGGAGCAGUCGCAGGACAGGUAGGAGGAAUGGAUACUUC